UAUUUGCUAUACGUCGUGCGUCGUGACGGUGCUGGUCUGCAGUUUUCCCUCCUCGUUGACAAAGCUACCCGGCUCUGCCGAUGAUUAGCUAAAGAUACUUUGGUCGCUGCACAUUUUGGACUCCGUAUAGCUUUAGCAUUUCAGGGAGAGGGCUGAUAGAGAGGCCAAGUGUCCAUAGCGACGUUGGUAAAGAGCAGGAGAUCCUCGGCUCGUCUAGAACCGUGAAAUAGAGAAAGUGCUGAUCUGAACAGCAGCAGAGGACUUAUGCUGUCGUGUUAGCCUAGCAAGAUGUUCAACAAGUCAUUUGGUACUCCGUUCGGAGGAGGGACGGGGGGGUUUGGCACCUCAUCAACCUUUGGACAACAAAACACAGGUUUCGGGACGACAGGAGGUUUUGGGACGUCUGCGUUUGGGACUACCACCAAUGCUGGAGGACUGUUUGGUUCCACACAGAAUAAACCUGGUGGUCUCUUUGGCUCCAGCACUUUCAGUCAGCCGGCAACUUCUUCCACCAGCACUGGCUUUGGUUUUGGUGCUGCGAGUGGCACUUCAACGAGCCUGUUUGGCAGCACCGGAACAGGAACCACUGGUGGACUCUUCUCCCAGCCGAACAAUGCUUUUGGUGCCAGCAAACCCACCUCUUUUGGAAGUUUUGGCACCAGCACCAGCAGCGGCGGGCUGUUCGGGUCGACCAACACCACCUCCAAUCCUUUCGGGGGGGCGGCAUCCCUGUUUGGAGGCUCUGGGUUCUCUGCUGCUCAGCAGCCUGGAACCACCGUGAAAUUCAAUCCUCCAACAGGAACUGACACAAUGGUGAAAGCAGGUGUGACCACAAGCAUCAAUACCAAGCACCAGUGCAUCACAGCCAUGAAGGAGUACGAGAACAAAUCGCUGGAGGAGUUGAGGCUGGAGGACUACCAGGCGGGCAGGAAGGGCCCUACCAACCCAAUGGCUGCAGGGACGGGCAGUUUGUUUGGCUCGUCCACGGCCACGUCCAGCGCCACCACGGGCCUCUUCGGCUCCUCCCCCUCCAACACCAGCUUCUCCUUCGGACAGAACAAGAGCUCCUUCGGAGCAGGGACUGCAGCCCCUGGAAGUUUUGGCACAACCGCCGGCAGUCUGUUCGGUCAACCGGCCCAGCAACAAGGCAGCAGCCUCUUCAAGCCGUUCGGCCAGGCCACCACCACCCAGAGCACCGGCUUCUCCUUUGGCAGCACCAACACGAUGGGACAGGCCAACACCAGCAGCAUUGGUUUGUUUGGGAACACGGCAGCAUCUCAGUCGACCGGGUUGUUUGGAGCUGCCCAGACGAGCACAGCCACUGGCUUUGGCACCGGCACCGGCCUCUUUGGACAAACAAACACUGGAUUUGGAAACGUUGGCACUCAGCAGAGUUUGUUUGGCAGUAAGACGGCUGGGUUUGGCACCACCACCACCAGCGCCCCGUCCUUUGGAACUGGCACUGGGCUGUUUGGCAACAAACCGGCCCUCACGCUGGGGACUGGAAACAACACUUCCACCUUCGGUUUUGGCGCAAACCCUGCUGGAGGGAGUCUGUUUGGGAACAAGCCGACCACUGGGGGACUGGGGACUGCACUGGGAACCAGUUUCGGAACAGCAGUGGGCACUGGACAAACGUCUCUGUUUGGGAACAACCAGAACAAACUGGGCACCACACUGGGAGCGAUGGGAACGUUUGGAACAACUGGAUUUAACAGUGGAACCGGCACGCUGGGCUUUGGAGCGGCGCAGCAGCCAGUUGCCCUCACAGAUCCAAGUGCUGCGACCGCCCAGCAGGCCAUGCUUCAGCAACAGCUCAGCAUUCUGGCCUAUUCGCCGUACGGAGACUCGCCGCUGUUCAGAAACCAGCUGUCAGACCCCAAGAAGAAAGAGGAGCGUUUGAAACCAACCAAUCCAACUGCCCAGAAGGCUCUGACCACUCCCACUCACUACAAGCUGACCCCUCGGCCUGCGACCAGGGUCCGCCCCAAAGCUCUGACAUCAUCGGGGGCCGUCAAGUCACAGCUCUUCGAUGGCCUGGACGAUGAUGAGCCCUCGCUCACUAAUGGAGCCUUUGUACCCAGGAAGAGCAUCAAGAAGCUCGUUCUUAAGAACUUGAACAGCAGUCAGUACAGCGGUCCAAUCAGCAAAGAGACGGACGACCUUGCGUCCCCGUCGGACUAUCCACAGAACGGACACAGUCAUUUGGAGGAGGAGGAGGAGGAGCUGAGGGAGGUGCCGGGCCCCAGCAGUCGGACAGACGACGAUCCAGAGGUGACCCAGUUCUAUGUUAACCCCAUCGCAAAGCCGAUCCCACAGGGCCGUGCUCAGACCAGCCUGCAGGACACCAUCAGCGAGCUCAACAUGCACAAAGCAACCAGGAACGGCUUGGAGCUGAGCAGCGAGGACGUGUGUGUGUCUCUGGGGGAGGAGUCUCUGCAGGAGGAGCGAGAGGAGGAGCAGCAGGAGUCACAACAGACUCCUCACCCAGCAGGCAUUGUUCUGACCCGGGUUGGUUAUUACACCAUCCCCUCCAUGGAGGAGCUGGCUGACAUGGUGGAUGAAAACGGAGAGUGUGUGGUGGAGAACUUCUCUGUGGGCAGGAAAGGAUACGGCUCCGUCUUUUUCCCUGGCGAGGUGAACGUGACGGGACUGAACCUUGACCAUAUUGUCCACUUCAGACGCAAAGAGGUCAUUGUCUACCCGGAUGAUAAAAACAAGCCACCAGAAGGGGAGGGGCUUAACAGGCGAGCCGAGGUGACUCUGGACGGCGUUUGGCCAAACGACAAGACCACCUGCACUCAGAUCAGGAGCCCCGAGCGUCUGAACGACAUGAACUAUGAGGGCCGGCUGGAGAAAGCUUCGCGCAGACAGGGAGCCCGUUUCCUGGAGUACAGACCUGAAACUGGAUCCUGGGUGUUCGAGGUGGCCCAUUUCUCCAAAUAUGGGCUGCAGGAUUCUGAUGAGGAGGACGACAUACCACCCAAAACUGACCCCAAGAAGCUCAAGGCAGUGAUGCCACUUCCUCCCUCCAGACUGCAGCAGCAGCUUCCCCUGUCCCAGCAGCAGGUGGUGCCACAGGCUCAGUCCACUGCUGUUGCCGAUCUGCCGGGUGGCGUGGCCGAACUGGACAGCGACAUGGCUGACAUCACCCAGAGCUUCCCCACAGAGAGCAUACUGGGAGGAGAGGACGGUGGCGAGCUGGAGGGCGGGGAGAUGGUCAUGUCAGGUGGGAGACUCGGAGGUUUGAUCUCUGCAGAGCACGACGGCGUCUCUACGUCCAGCCACAUAGCAUCCUCGUUGGGGAUCAACCCCCACACCCUCCAGAUCAUGAAGGCGUCUCUGUUUGCUGAGGACGAGGAGGAGAGCGACAUGUUCCAGGAUCACGGAGCAAUGAAGGUCUCCACCGACGUCUUGUCCUCACAUCUGGUCCAGCCGGUAGCUCCGAGCCGACCCUCCGCGGGAGGCCUCCUUCAGGCUCGUUUCACCUCCGGCCUCUCUCAGCUGGCAGAUUCUCCUCGGCUUCCUCAUCCUCUUCUUCCUCCUCUGUCUCGAGCAUCUCCGGCUGCUGUUGAAGCCCCGCGGUCGUCACACUGGGUGGGCUCGGGCCCAACAUCCUUCCUGCUGCCUCCUCGAACUCCAGAGCCCUCAAUCAGGACUGUCGGGGUCCGGCGUCUGGGCGGCCCCGUCCCCCUCAAAGAGUCGGUGACCCAGGGGAAGGGGGGUCUGCUGAUGGAUGCCGGUCUGUUUGCGGGUCGUUCCUUUCGGGUGGGGUGGGGUCCCGGCUGGACGCUGGCACACUGUGGCCACCAGCUGAGCUCACCUCUGGGCAAACAGCUUGAGCGUAAAGACCCUAUGACCAAAAGUGACUUCAGCUUCCUGCCAAAACCUGCCAGGAGCAAACCGCUGAUAGAAAGCCCCUACAAGGUGGUGCUGGAGCAGCUGGUGGAUGUGCAGCCUCCAGUGGUGAAGACCAACGAGGAGGAGGAGGAGGGUCAGGAGGUGCUGCAGCGCCCCCUGGAGAUCUGUCUGAAGCACAGCACAGUCACCACCACAGGCGACUCAACCUGCCCUCUGGUCCGACCGCAGCCCGGCGUGGCAGCGCUCCACGAAUACGCAGAGUGGAUCACAGAACUGAAGGAGAAGCAAGGAGACGCAGACCCUCUCCUGGGUUUUUGGUCUGAGGUCUGGACCUUGUGUGAGGCUUUGUGGGGCCGGUUGGGUCCCGCAGAGCAGGAUCCAGAUGUUGUGCCGCCCAACGAGUACGAGCAGCAGCUGGAGAGGAGGCGAGCCUUCUCGGCCUGGCUGUCCCGCGGAGCCACCUGCAGGGUGGAGGAGGAGGUGGCGCUGGCAGGGAAAGGUCGUCAUACAGAGGCCAUCUUCAGCUACCUGACGGGCAACCGCAUCAGUGAGGCGUGUCGACGGGCACAGAAGGAAGGAGACCACCGUCUGUCCCUGCUGCUGUCUCAGGCCAUGGGUGCUCAGUACUGCCGGGACCUCCUGGCCCUUCAGCUUGCUGACUGGAACCGCAUGCAGACCGACUGCUACCUGCCUGAGGACCGACUUCGCAUCUUCACGCUGCUCGCUGGCAAACCUGUGUGGCAGUCGUCUGACUCCGUGGUCAACGUUUGCUCUGAGCUGGACUGGAAGCGCUGCGUUGCCGUCCACCUCUGGUUCAUGCUGCCUCCGACCGCCUCGGUGGCAGACGCUCUCGCCAGAUAUGAGGCUGCCUUCCAGGGAACACGUGACGGGGGGAGGUAUGCCUGUGCCCCCCUGCCUCCCUACAUGGAGGAGGAGCAGCUGGACAUGGAGGAGGAGGAGGAGGAGGAGGUGUCCAAACGGCCGCUGCACGACCUCUGCUUCCACCUGCUCAAACUGUACAGUGACAGACACUACAGCCUGCAGCAGCUGUUGGACCCCCUGACCGUCACCUGGGAGCGUCUGGACUACCGCCUGAGCUGGCACCUGUGGAAUGUCCUGCAGGCGCUGCACUACAGCAACCUGAGCGCUGCUCGCCAGGGACUUCUCCACAGCAGCUAUGCCGCACAGCUGGAGAGCGCCGGCCUGUGGCACAUGGCCGUCUUCAUCCUGCUGCACAUCCCGGACCACACUCAGCGGGAGCGAGCAGUGAGGGAGAUGCUGACCCUCCACUGCCCCCUGCAGGACACAGAUGAGUCGGUCCGGAGGGAGCGCUUCCUCACCGAGAGGCUGCUCAUCCCAGACCGGUGGGUCCACGAGGCCAAGGCCACCCGAGCCCGUCGAGACGGUGACAGACACCAGGAGGCCCUGCACCUGUACCGGGCUGGUUACUGGAACCAAUGUCACCGGCUGCUUAUCCAACACCUGGCCUCAGACUGCAUCGUCAACGACAACCACGACUACCUGCUGGAGUUCCUGGAGGGGCUGGCGGUCCCUGAACACAGCGCCACCAUCCAGGACUGGGACAUUGCAGGGAGGGUUUACCUGGACUACAUCCGAGUCAUUAAGACUCUGCAGAACAUCCAGCAGUUGGACAACGCCGGAUACGAGCUGGAGCGCCUCUACACGGACGUGACGUCGCUCUGUGGCAGGAUCGAGCUUCUGCCCUGCCGAGCCGCCAGAGACCGCCUCGCCCAAUCAGAGAUGGCGAAACGUGUGUCAAACAUCCUGCGGGUGGUGCUGAGCCUGCAGCAGGGCGAUGCAGCGUCCGACGCCCUGAGCAUCCCCCUCGCCCAGCUGGCGCCGCACGUCACCCGCCUGCCGAUGCCGGAGGACUACACGCUGGAGGAGCUGAGAGGCCUCACGCAGUCGUACCUGCGGCAGCUCGUCGUCGGCCAGUGAGAUCACAGGCGUUUGACCCAAUGAGAAGAAAAGUGUGACAGUUUUCAGCUGGAGUUUGUCCAGCAGCAGACGAAGCUUCUGUGUGUCUGUCAGGUUCUUCUUCUACACCAUCAGGAUCAGACUUUCAUCAUUUCUCUUGAGAAUUUUCCAGUCAAACCAGUUAAAGUUCCUGUUUGGCAGGUGGUUUUGGAAACCAGUUUCACUCCCAGUCAUGUCCUGGUCUCCAUUCACUGUGUCAGUAGUUGAAGUUACUUUGUGUGAGACCAACGGUGUGCAGAUCAGCUGUUGUGUCCUCACUUCCUGUUUGGCGGAUGGAAACCAGUGAUGGAAACCAACCAGGAAGUCACGCAGACGGACUUCCUGACUCAGAGUGUGAAGGGACUGAUGCUCUAUUUUUGUAGAGUUUCUGUGUGUGACACAAAUGUUGUAUAUUUUUGGAAACUCGUAUGGCUCAUUUUUAUUGUCCACCUAAUUAUUCAUAAAUCGGAUGCAGAGUUUUGGAAGAAACGCUUCAGCGAUCAGUUGGCUGACUGAUUGGUGUUUCUUUUCUUGCAGAUUAACUGUCAGCUUGCCAAUAAGGUUUUUGUUUUUGUUGUGAAGGUAAAAUGAGUUUUGUCAAAUGGGAAGCUCUGUAUGAUUUCUUUUUUCUGCUGUGGAUGUGUGUGUGUGUGUGUGUGUGUGUGUGUGUGUGUGUGAUUUUUGUUGAGAAUAUUUUUAAUAAAGUCGGGUAGAAA